UUCUUCUUCUUCUUCUCCUUCUUCGAUUCUGUCAUUCUCCCUCAACUUUUCACUCUCUACAACAAAUACAAUUCGAAACAAUGGCUUUCUCCGGAGCAUUGACCCUUUCAGACCUGAACGAUUUCAUUUCACCCUCGCAGGCAUGCAUCAAGCCAGUCGAGGUCGCCAAGACCUCGGACACUCAGGGAUCAAUCAAGGUUGACAACAGUGGAUCUUACUACGAGGUUUCGCAAGAUGGCUCAGAGACCAAGCUGGAAACAGCCACUAUCAGCCUGAACGACUGUCUCGCCUGCAGUGGAUGCAUUACCUCGGCAGAGAGUGUUUUGGUGACAUUACAGUCGCAGGAAGAAUUGUAUAGUAUCCUGAAGCAGAAUAAGAUCGCCGUUGAGACAAACGACCCAAGCACACAUCGUACGGUUGUCAUCUCCAUUUCUCCGCAGACACGAGCCUCGUUUGCGGCCAAAUACAACCAAACCCCACUGCAGGUCGCUCGGAAACUGACCUGGUUCUUCAAAAACCUGGGUGUGCAUUCGGUCUUUGACACCUCAUUCUCCAGAGACCUCUCCUUGCUUGAAACUGGGCGGGAAUUUGUGGAGAGGUACAAAAAGGCAAUCGAGAAGGGCGUUAUCAAGGCACCAAACAUGGACGGAUCUGCUCCAUCAGGGGGCGGCAUGGAUGUUGAUACUCAGGAGCCAGCAGCCACCACUAAAGCGCCAAGAAAGAGGAUUGUGAAGCGCGGAGCAGCAGGAGCAGCAGAUGAGCCAGCCGUGGCAGUGGAAACAGAGAGCGCUAUACCCAUGCUUGCGUCUGCCUGUCCAGGUUGGAUUUGUUAUGCAGAAAAGACACAUGGAUACAUGCUUCCAUACAUCAGCGAAACUAAAUCUCCUCAACAGAUCAUGGGCUCCAUGGUGAAGGACCAUUUCGGAUCACAGCUCGGAUUGAAACCUGAUCAGAUAUACCAUGUCUGCGUGAUGCCCUGCUACGACAAAAAACUGGAGGCGUCCCGCUCAGAUUUCUACUCUGAUCUCUACAAGACUCGUGAUGUCGACUGCGUGAUUACCUCAACAGAGGUUGAAAAAAUGUUUGCAGAGCAAGGACAGACGGACAUGGGUGCCUUUGGAGAAAUGAGCCUGGAUAUCGGCUACAACUCUGUGAUCAAAGAUCCUACCACAGGCGUGGAUCAGGUAUUGAUUGGUGCCAGUGGAAAUGCCUCAGGAGGAUUCCUCGAGUACGUGAUGCAGUUCGCCGCACGGGAGCUGUUUGGAGUUAACGGCAUCGAUGUCGACAGUGGCGUGGGUGUGGAGGUCAAGACUGUGAGGAACGCGGAUUUCAGAGAGGUAACUCUUGAGAUACCUGGGACGGGUGAGGUACUGCUCAAGUUUGCGGCAGCCUAUGGAUUCAGAAACAUUCAGAAUCUGGUCCGUAAGGUCAAGACUGGCAAAUCGCCGUACCAUUUUGUGGAGGUCAUGGCAUGUCCAUCAGGAUGUAUCAAUGGCGGUGGGCAGCUGAAGCCUCAUGGAGACAAUUAUGCAACUGUUCCGUUGAAGGACUGGAUUGUGCAGGUCGAUCAGCAAUACCGCAAUGGCGUUCUGGCCAGGAAACCAGAAGAGAACCCUCUGUUGGGGCAGCUUUAUGUGGAAUGGCUUGGGGGCGUCGGUACGUCUAAGGCCAAGCAGCAGCUUCGGACAGGGUACCAUGCGGUCGAACAGAAUCUUGUUAAUCCCUUGGCUGUCAAGUGGUAGUUUGAUCUUUUUUGUGUUCUCGCUAUACAUGUAUUUUACGUAUUUUACCAUUCAUCAUAGACCAAGCCAAUAAUAAAAGCUGAUUGACAUUCAUAGAUGAAGAAGUGUUUCGGAAUGCUGUGUUUGGGCUGUCAUCUACUUUUCAAGGGCCCGUCCCUGACAUGCACAGUACCCAUGAGCCGGGUCAUCUUAGGCCAACGCGACCGUUGAUCGUGCG